AAAAAAAAAAAAAAAGCUUUCCCUUUUCUUUUUAUUUGUCUUUUCUUCAUUAUAUUCAAUAAUGCUACGAGAAAAGUCUGGGAAUACGCUCUUAAGUUCUUGGUUGAAACAAACAUCUUCACAACCUUCUUCUUCCAUGGGAUCACAGCGACGAAAUGAAAACAGCGAAGAGGAGGAUCAAGUACUUCAACGAAUUCUCCAUCAAAGUUACCAGGAACACCUGUUACAGCAAAAGCAACAAUACGAAAAAUUUAGUUCACAGGCUUCACACUUUUCAACACAACACACUUUACCUUCUAUUGACAAUGAAGAAGAAUGGUUUCAAACUGUGUCGCCGCGGUUCCCUAAAAACGAAAAGAAAUCUUCCACCUCUCUCAACAAGAAGAAACAAAAAUCUGAUCAGUCACCCGCAGCCAAACGCAAAUCUUCUCAGCAAUCUAGAAACACUAUGAAAAGUAACAAAAAAGGCAUAGAACACAAGGAUCUUGGCAAUAUGAUAGAACAAGGUACCUCAUCCACCCAUCAACAACAGCAAAUACAACAGAGCAACGAUGAUCGUAUGACGUUUGAUACCCUUCUUCCUAAUGAGACACAAGGCGACCAUUGGGAAAUAACAGAUAGUCAAACACUGAAGAAAGAAGUAAAAAAUGAUGACGAUUCUUGGGAAAUACAUGAUAGUCAAGUACUGGAAGAAAGGGACGAAAUCUGGGAAAUACAUGGUAGUCAAGCCCUGAAACAAGAACAAGACCUGGAAGAAGAAACUUGGGAAAUACACGACAGUCAAAUGUUACCAAAGCAAGAAGAGGAGGAGGAAGAAGCAUGGGAAAUACAUGACAGUCAAACACGAUGUGAAGAUACAUCAAAUGCAACAUCAGGAGUAGAAAGUGAUGGUCACAACAGCAACCCUCUAACAAUCGACAAUACUAUCAAUACAAACGAUGAAGAACUUGAUCAAUAUAUGAUGGCAAUUCGAAAUCGCACCACUAGAAAACCACCUUCUCGAAAGAAAACACAAUCAUCAUCUUCUUCGACACAACGCAAAAGGCCAGCUACUCAACUCGACGACGUUUUCCAUUUGAUCAAUGACAAACCAUCACGACGAAAAACAAGGGCAAAUUAUACGACAAUAGAAUCUGAUCCAUCAUAUAAUCCGCGAACAACAUAUCAAACUCAAAUAGAUCAACAAAGUACAAUGAAUGCCAAUAGCUCUGAUUCGCCUAUGGGAAUAACCACCGAUGAAAUCGAUGACAAUGGUAAUGAUUCCGAAUGUAGCAGUGUGAUCGAUCUUUGCUUACAAAGCGACAAUGAUAUCAAUGAGGAAAUGAUAUUUCUUUCUGACAGCAUGGAUGACACUGGUAUGUACGAUGACUUGGAUACCGAUAUAGAUACGUUCAACCACAACUUUUUCGACAGCGACGAUGAUGAUGAUAGGAAUGACAAUACUUCUUUUUCCGGACCAACAGCAACGCUGAAUGACAGUAUGAACACAGCUUCACCCAUGAACAAUGAAUCAAUGGUACAUCAACAACUAACAUUGGAUCAUACAGAACAUGGCGAGGAAAAUACUGGAUAUUUAUCACCUCUGGAAGGCUUUGUAAGUCUUUUAGAUGUAGCCGACACAGAGAUCCGGUAUCGACCUUAUUUCGAUCAGCUGGCAAUCCCUUCCGAACGAAAACAAAGACAAGCAUCAUCCUCUUCCCGGUCAUCCACUGGAAAAUCACGAUCAAACAAAUCUUGGCCCCGUUACCGCUCAAGAUUUGCAAGAAAAUCAAGAUGAUUGUUUCCUUCUUUAGUUAUUUCAUGUGUCAUAUACUGUAUAUAUAAUCCUUUUAUCCUUCUUCUUUUAUUCCUGUAGUAGCUUUUUAUUUACCCCUCAAUAAACAAAAACUUGGUGCUUUUUCGAAAUAUCAAA